AUGUGUAUCUCUGUAGGCGAUGGAAUAACAUUUAGCAGGUUGGCCGGCUUUAUGUGGGGUGGUGCUAAUGAUGACGAAAAAGAUAUAUAUCAUACAUUCUCUGACGAAAUUAAAAGAUUACAUGAUGCCAAGUAUCCUGAUUACAAAUACAGACCUGAACGCAGCACUUCAGCUCGGUACAAUUUUUCAAAUAAAACCGCUAAAGAUUAUGAGCAAGUACAAAAUCAUACAUACACACCCUUGACCGAAUUGAACAUUUUACAGCAAUCACCCUUCACCAUUCCAUCUAUUGCCGUAAAUUGUCCCCAAAUGGUGGAAUAUGAUCCAAACAUGUCUCAAUCCGUUUGUCCACCUGAAAGUUCAAUUAUAAAUAAAGAUCCAUCUCCUCCUCCUUCUCAACACAUGAUAGAGGGCGUCCAUAAUAUCAUGACUUGUAAAAAAAUCUUUAAGUUUUUAUAA